AGGUGCUGCGGCGGCGCCGGAGGUAGGAGGAGUCGGGCUUGGGGCCGGGAGUCUACACCCGGGAGAGCAGGUCCCACUGCUUUGGGCCUUUCCUUCUCUCCUGAAGGUGAAAAAUUGAACACAUGUGCUUUAUCAAUACGGAGAUCUUGGCGAACCUCCUGAGCACCAAAGUCACAUGUAUUCUAUCUCAGAGGCAUCUCCUGGAUGAGAGAACCUCUCAGAUGUGAACUUUAAUAGAGAUUGACCCUUACUCCUCUGAGGACCAGUGUGAAAGCCUUAAAACCCGUCAGAGGAUGGAUGAUUCAGACGACGACUUUAAGGAACUCUGUGCCAGCUUCUACCAAAGGGUGAAAAAGAAUGGCCCCAAGGAAGUGUCGGGGGAAAGGAGGACCCAAAAAGCCUCAAACAGCAGCCAGAUUAGAAGCAAACUGAAAGGGACCAAACCAACUGCUUCCAGGAGCAAAACCCUGCAAGGCCCUGCCGAGAGGAAAACUCAGUCUGGCAGCCGGGUCCCCAGGACUCAAAAGCAAGGGGCACCCAAGCAGCCACAGAGUCAACCAGCUCCCCCUGAGAAUGGGGAGGGAGGUGUGUGUGCCUCUGCUGUACACCGAGACAGCGCGUGGAGCGCCCAGACAGAGGCUCCUGGCAGCAGCUCGCAGCCCCCUCCUCCCUGUCUGACUGCAAUGGUGCCAAGUCCCUCCAAACCCCGGGCCGCAGAGCUGGUGCUACAGCGAAUGCAGCAGUUCAAGAGAGUAGACCCCGAGCGUUUGAAACAUGCCUCAGCAGGGUGCUCCCUCGAGGCCACACCUGAGGAAGACGACCCAAAGGGCCCUCGAGAGGCGGUGACGGCGGGGAACGGGUCUGGGCCUGGGCUCCCUGCCACAGACAGCAACACUGCUGUGCCCCUGAUCCUCCAGCAGGAGUUUGGGCAGGAACCGGCACCUACACGAGAUGACAGCCUGGAGGACAAGGGGUUGUUCUUUUGCCAGAUCUGUCAAAAGAAUCUCUCGGCCAUGAACGUGACACGGAGGGAGCAGCAUGUGAACCGGUGCCUGGAUGAGGCUGAAAAGGCCCUGAGGCCGUCCGUACCUCAGGUGCCCGAGUGCCCGAUCUGUGGCAAGCCGUUCCUCCGCCCGAAGAGCCGGCUCAGCCACCUGAAGCAGUGUGCCGCGAGGAUGGAGGUUGGCCCGCAGCUCCUGCUCCAGGCCGUGCGGCUGCAGACAGCUCAGCCUGAGGGGGCCUCCAGCACUCCCGCGCCGAGCCUCGGCAGUCCCCUCGGAGGUCUGAAGCGGAAGGGAGCCGCCACCAAGAAGGAGCCACGGAAGAGGCGGAAGGUCGCUGAGCCCGAAGCGCCGUCUGAGGACCUGCUGGUGGCCAUGGCUCUGUCUCGGUCCGAGAUGGAGCGCGAGGCUGUGCCGGCGGCACUCAGACUGGGAAGCGCUUUUUCUGUGAAGAUGAGACCGGGAGCAGAGAAGAAGAGUCGCAAGAAGAAGGCGCCCGUCUCCCCACCGCGGUUGUUGCUCCAGGACGCGGAGACGGCGGGCAGGCAGCUGGAGGAGCGCGUGGCGCGACUCUUGGCGGAGGAGGAGGAGGCGGCCGAGUGCGCCAGCACGCCGCCACUUCCCGCCAGCCGACUCUUACGGAGGCUGGAAGAGGGCAGCGGCCGUCUGCGACCGCCCGGGAGAAGGCAGAACUUUCUGUGGGAGGGCAGCGCCCUGACCGGGGCCUGGGCUCUGGAAUCCUUCUACACCGAGAGCCUGGUCCCCACCCUGGUGCCUCCGAGGCCCGCAGAGCUCGCACAGGAGCCCACGCUGCCCCCGGUGCUGCCUGAUCCACCAGAGCCGGGCCCACGAACACCACCUGCUGUGCACAGUGCCCGCCCUGGGGGCCACAGCCCCAGCGACCCAGCACCCUCCGCCAGCCAGAGGGAGCACCAGGCCCUGCAGGACCUCCUGGACCUGGCAGGAGAGGGGCUGAGUGCCAGCCCGCAGCCCUGCAGUGGGGGCCCGGCUGGCACAGGAGGGGAAGCAGGGAUGGACUUGUCACCUGGCGGCCUUCCGCUGACUGGGUUUGUCCUGCCAGCCAAGGAGAAGCACGCAGAGAGGGGCGGCCAGGCUUCGCUCUCCCUCGGUUUGCUGGUGGCUGACUUUGGUGCCAUGGUGAACAACCCACACCUGAGCGACAUCCAGUUUCAGACGGACAGCGGCGAGGUGCUUUAUGCCCACAAGUUCGUGCUUUAUGCCCGAUGCCCACUUCUCAUGCAGCACGUAAACAGUGAAGGCUUCUUCGCCUCAGAAGAUGGUGACGUGAGGGCCCAGCGUGUCCUGCUGAGUGACGUCAGCACUGAGGCCGCCUGCGUGUUCCUGCAUUACCUCUACACCGCGGACGCCACCCUGCCCCCGUGGCUGGCCCCUGACCUGAGCUCUCUGGCCCACAGGUUUGGUGUGAGUGAGCUUGUCCACCUGUGCGAACAGGUGCCUGUGGGGCCGGACUCUGGGGGCGAACAGAGGAAGGAGCAGGAGGAAGGGGAUUGUGAGAGCAGAGGGGAGACUUUCCGGGAACUCCUGCGGUCCAUGUGGCGGGGCGAGGAGGGAGCAGAGGCUCUGUCGAAAUCUGAGGGCUGCGAAGAAGACGACACAGAAGAGGUGAAUGAGGAGGAGAUGGAAGAAAUCUAUGAAUUCGCAGCUACUCAGCGAACGCGGCUCCAAGCGGGGAAAGCUCCAGAGGUGGAGGAAGAAGCUGAGCAGCUGCAGGAGGAAGCCCCUGCUUCUGCGGGAAUCCUUGGGAGCACUGAGGAUAAAGAAGAGUCAGAAAGCGCAGAACAAAUGGCUUCAUCUGGGCAAGGAAGAGAUGAGGCCCCAGCCCCACGGAAGAACGUGAGAGAGGCCACACGCCUGCCUCUCAGGGACCCGGCUGUGGGCAGGGAGGAGAGCGCGGAGGCCCCAGAGGAAGGCCUGGGCCAUUCCCACUGCCCCGGCCCUGCCCAGGGCCAGGCAGACAGGGGGGACAGCACCCCUCUGUGCUCAGUCGAUGCUGCUGCUGCUGCUGCUGCUGCUGCUGCUGAGCAGCCGUCUUCCUCCCCUCACGCCGACGGCCCUGAGCCAUCCCGGAGGACGAGCGAUCGCCAGGAGGGAGACGGCUCCGUCUGGGAACUGGGGGUGGACAGUUCCCAUCCCCCUGCCCACCAGCAGGCACCCCCUUUGUGCUCACACUUCGUCCCGUCACAGCCCCCUCGGGGCAGGAGUCCCCAUCGGCCACACCCUCUGCACACCAGUGCCCUGUGCCUGCCAGCACCCCAGCUCCUGGGCACACCUCCCAGGGCGCCCUCCUCGAGCUCACCACCCAAGACAAGCGGGGUCAGAAGCCUCCCCCCGCCACCUGAGGACCCAGGCCGGGAAGACGAGGGAUGUGAGUCCGUGUUGGAACACAGAGGUAAAGAGGUCCUGCUCUCCCCAGAAAAGUCUCCAUGUGCGGACCCAACCCAGGCCAAACCUGGCUGUUCGAGUGCCAAGUCUCACGACUCUCUGUCCAGCGUGAACAGGGAAGAUGAGAUCAUCCUUUUACUGGAUUCAGAUGAAGAGCUGGAACUAGAGCAGACCAGAAGAACGUCAGUUUUGAAAGGACCCCCAGAAGGAAGGAAAGUUCUAGAAGUCAGCACCAAGUCCUCCGAGCUGUUUCCCAUCAUUGAUGUUGAUGAGGAUCAGGAACCUUCCCAAAGCCCCCCCGGGAGAGAGGCCACGCUGCAGUGGGAGGUGGAAGGGCUGCUGGGGAACCGGGGCUCAGUGGGGGGCAGAAGGACCCCGCAGCUGUUUGGUGACCCCCAGAGCAGCAGCGACGAGGACAGCACCACGGACUCCUCGUGGCUGGUGCCUGCCACGCCGCUGGCCAGCAAGAGCCGAGACUGUUCCUCACAAACCCGGAUCACGGGCCUCAGAUCCAGGUCUUCAGCAGACCCAACGGCUCGGCCCAAGCCCAGCGCCCGCGCGGAGAACAGGCGUGACCCGGAAGCCACGCCAAAGUUUUCUGUCAUCGUGCCCCAGACAUCCUCACGCCUCGGCCCGGUUGCUCCCGGAAGCCCUGGCAGCAGAAGGCAGGUCUGCAGAAGCCCGUCCAGUCCUCACCCCCGACGUCACCAGCCCUUUUCUCCUCUGGCUCCCUGUCCCCUCACGGGAGGCCUCGCUGAUGUCACCGGGCGGUUCCAGAGGAGCCUGCCACCUGUACCCAGCCCGGCAGGUCAGGCCCCAGCCAGUGAAGUGGUGGAGGUUGAGGACAGUGACGAUGAGCAGGAGGUGGCCUCCCGGCAGGUGAACAGCAGCCCCCUGCUGGAGUGCGACCCCCCAAUGCCAGCGGAUGAGUGGUGUUGGCACGUCGAGCCCCUGUCCCCAAUUCCGAUUGACCACCUGAACCUCGAGCGGACCGGCCCGCUGAGCACCAGCAGCCCCAGCAGUCAGGCAAGGGGGGCCCCGGACAGCCGUGGCUGCCACUCUCUGGCUGCACCGAUGGCUACCACCCCGCUCCGCACUGGCCGAAGGAAGUCUCAUGAGAAGUCCCCUGGGGCCGGCUCCCCUGGGGGCAGCAGGCUGAGCUUUCUGAAUUCAGCUCUGUGGGACGACUGGGACGGAGAAGAACAGAAGUCCCCACAGGGCCUUCCUCUGGCCCAGCCGCCGCCCAGCAAGUCGUGGGAGUUGCAGACGCCAAAAGGUGCUAAUCGGAAGAACUUGCCCCCGAAAGUGCCCAUAACCCCACUGCCAAGGUAUUCCCUCAUGGAGACCCCAGAGCUGAGGAAAGAACUGGAUAGAUUUGGGGUCCGCCCUCUGCCCAAACGCCAGAUGGUUCUGAAACUGAAGGAGAUAUUCCAGUACACUCACCAGACGCUGCCGUCAGACUCUGAGGACGAGGGCCAGUCCUCGCGGAUGCCCUUGGAAGCUCCCUGCAGCCAGACUCUCACCACCAGGACCUCCAAGGCUUCUGGGGUAGCUGGCCACACCCCCCUGGAGGCCACUUCUGGCCCCAUCCCCCAAAGAUCCAAGGGACCAGCUAAGACCAAGGGCCUCCAACAUCCAAAGCAGCAGCCCGGUGGCAGCGUGCCCGGCCUGAGCAUGUCACCAGCCAAGAAGGGGCCUCUAGGCCCUGAUAGUGAUGCCCAGCUCCCAGCCUCUCAGGAAUCCACAGCCAGCUCCGUGGACAGCAGUGACAGCUCCUGCCGCUCACAAAGUUCUUCCUGUGAGUCUGGGGCGGCUCUGGAGUCUGCAGGAGAUGAGGAGAGCGAGGAGGGGGUCAGUGCUUCUCAGGCGGCCGACCAGGCAGCGGCCACAGAAGAGGCGGUGAGGCGAUGCAUCCGCUCCAGACCGGCCCUCUACCGCAAGGUCCUGCUGUACCAGCCCUUCGAGCUGGCGGAGCUGCAGGCCGAGCUGAAGCAGCAGGGCAUCCACGUGGCCACGGGGAAGCUGCUGGACUUCCUGGACGCCCACUGCAUCACUUUCACCACGGCCGCCGCCCGCAAAGAGAAGCUUGGGAGGAAGAGACGGCAGCCUCUGGGCAAGAAGAGGGGGCGCAGAGCCGGCCAGCCCGGGCCCCCCUCCACUCCCCCGGCCGUCAGCAGCCCGCAAGGGUCUGCACCCCCUCAGUGAGCCAGGCCCCCACGGGGCUCUGGGCCCUGGGACCACACCCGCUGCCACUGGGGGACAGCAUGGACGUGGGUGGGCUUCCUCUCAACUUCCUUUCCCGGAGUGGCCUGGGGAGCAUGUUGCCCGCUGGAUUCAGGGCCCCCGGCCCCUCCCUCCAUCAGUGCCCACAGCUCGUCUGCUUUUAACCCGUAGGGCCCCGUGUGUUUCAGGAGCGUGCUGGGCCGCCAGCUGGCCAGGCGGGGCCAGAUUCGCCCGCAUCUCAGAACUCUGUCCACCAGUCACCUGUGUCUGUGUUCUGAGACGGACAUCUGGUCCAGCCUGCCCACCCGUGUUCUUCCCGGCACUUGGGCCGCAAGCCCAGCCUCCACCAGCAGCCCAGGUGUCCAUAGGCCCUGCAUUGCCAGGCCCCAGGUGCUCCGCUGGCCCAGCUGUUCUGCCCGGGUACCUGUCAUCGUCACCAGCAGUCUGCAAACUGGACAGUACAGAAUGCUCAGCACGGCUCUGAAGCCCCCAAAAUAAGUAUGUUCUUCGUUAACUGGUGUGGGUUGCAGGUGCCUGUGGAGCACAGGUAAGGGCCAGAAAGGAAGAAAUUUUGGGUCUCUGCGUCCUUGUGAAUGUGUUGUGUUUUAAAUACAGUGCAGUCCGUUUUAUAUGAUGUGCAAUAAAAACCAAAAGCCUUUAUAAAAA